UCCUGCUCCGCCUUUAGGGUGGUGAAAAAGGUUUGGGGUUUAAAACCCCCUCCCCCCCCACCACUCUCCAGCUUAAGCAGCCGCAUCUGGUGCAACGGGGUAGGAGGGAAGACCAGCUCUCCCAAGGGUGAGUUACAGGACAGAGGCGGGCCUUCCCUUCUUUUAAAGACACGUGCGAGAAGCAGAGGCGGCGGCGGCGGCAAGGAAGAAAGUACUCAUAUAAACACAUUUGGAAAAGCCAAAUCCUCUUGAUGUAUGGCGGAAUCCUGUGACAGAGCAGUUUCCUUGACAACAGUCUCUGCCUCCUGGAAAUUGUUGGUAAACUUUGGCCUAAGCUUGUGGUCAAAAUUUGAGGAAGAAGACUCUUCCCACCAUGUUUGCCUGUGAGACUUGGGGUAUCACUGGCCAGACCUCAGUCUACAAUUGGGAUAAGUCUGUCUAUCUCUUAGAAGACAAAAUGGAGUCCAUACAGGGUUCAGGGGAGCUGGAUGUCCAUUUUAAGGUGCUGCUUGAGCAGGAGAUGUAUCCAGAGAUCACAAUUGAGGAGGAAGAAGAAGAGCCUGAGGAAGUAGAAGUAGAUGCUGAAGGGGAGGCAGAUGAAGAGGAAGAAGAGGAAGAGAUGGGAGAUGAGGAGGAAGAAGAGGAAGAAGAAGAAGAGGAAGAGGAAGAAGAGGAGGGAGGAGGGGAGGAUGAAGAGGAGGAUGAAGAGGGGGAGGAGGCACGUCCACAAGGUCCUCAGCAAGAGGCAGUGGGAGCAGUUGAUGGAGAUAGCUCCCUGUUUGUGGUGUGUACUGGAACAGUUGAAGAGCUGCUAGGCUUAGAGGCAUCACUAAUUGCUGAAUCAGUGCAGCUAGAGGUAGCACAACCUCAGCGCUGGGAGGUCCAGUGGGAAGAAGUGUCCCAAAUUUCACAGCCUUUCCUCCCUGAAAUUAUAGAAUCACCAUUAAUAUCCCCAGAAGCAGCCGCCUCCAAUAUCAAUCAGGUAGUGGAAGUCACUGCAGUAGAGGUAGAACCAGAGGCCUUCCCAACCACUUUGGAGCAACUAGGGAAUACUUCAUCCUCAUGGGGAGCAUCUUUCAUUGAAGAGAGCCACCGGGAACUUCAACGCUCCCCAGCUAGUGCAGAUAGAGGGAGCAAAGCACGGACACCUAUAACUGGAGGAGGCAGCUUCAGCCUGGAGACUGCCCGCCAGCGCUUCCGGCAGUUCUGUUACCAGGAUGCUGAGGGUCCACGAAAGGCAUGUGGCCAACUCUGGGAGCUUUGCAAUCAUUGGCUGAAGCCAAAGAACCGUACUAAGGAACAGAUUCUUGACGUCCUAAUCUUGGAGCAGUUCCUGGCUGUUCUCCCUCCUGGAAUCCGAAGUCGGGUAUGGGAAUGUAGCCCGGAGACUUGCGCACGGGCAGUGGCCCUAGCGGAGGACUUCCUAGCCAAGCAGAAUGAAGCAGAAAUACUAGAGGACGAGGAUUUUGACUUAUUUGAGGAGGUAGUGGUGACAUUUCCUAAUGAAGACCAAGUCCUUUCAGAUACUGAGCAUGGAGAUAUAUUCAUGGAAACUGGACAGCAGGUUGAUGGAGACAUAUGUUUGCUUGGUUCUUCUGACACAGAAGCCACUUGGGAUUCUUCUGCAGAUGAAGCAGGAGGAGGAGAAGGAGGUUCAGCAGGUGCCCUGACUCCCAAUACAGCAGAUCCCCAGAUGGGAUUUGGAGAAAGACACAACGGAGCAAUACAGCACAUGGCUCCAAAGAGGAUACGGAUAAGAGAGAAACGGCACCCUUGCAUUGAAUGUGGGAAGCGAUUCCGCUGCCAAUCAGAACUGGCCCUACAUCAAAAAGUCCACACCCGGCCCAAAUCCUAUCACUGCGCUGAGUGUGGGAAACAGUUUGGUCGAUCCUCACAUCUCACCAGACAUCAGAAAACCCACAUGAGUGAGGAAUGCCAUGUCUGCACCGAAUGUGGCAAGCGAUUCCGGUGGUCCACAGAGCUAGUCAUCCAUCAGAGGAUCCAUGCUGUUGAACAGCCGCAUUACACCAUGAAUACUGACACUUUGUGUCAGUGGCCCUCCGAGUUCAAUAUAACCCAGAAUAUUUUUACAGGUGAGAAAGCCCCUCCCACUGGUGAUAUACUAAAACCUCAUACAGUCAAGAAGCCUCACCUCUGCCCUGAAUGUGGGAAAGGGUUCCGGUGGCCCUCUGAACUCGCCACUCAUCAGAAAACUCACAACAAGAACAAGCACUACCUCUGCCCUGAGUGUGGGAAAGGGUUCCAGUGGCCCUCUGAGCUGACAGCCCAUCAGAGGAUCCACGCAGGCAACAGUUUGCCUCCCAUUGCUGAUUGUGAGAACAGCAACAACCAGCCACUUCAUCACCCUCCCUACCCGCGACCUGGCAUGACAGAGAAACGCCAUCUUUGCGGAGAAUGUGGCAAGGCGUUCCGAUGGCCGUCGGAACUCGCCACCCACCAGCGAAUCCACUCGGGAGAAAAACGCUAUUUCUGCACAGAGUGUGAGAAGGGGUUCAUAUGGCCUUCAGAACUGGCUGCUCACCAGCGAACCCACACUGAGAAGCAAGCUUACCAGUGCAUGGAGUGUGGGAAAAUAUUCCAUGAUCUCUACGGUCUCACGAGACACCAGAAGACCCACUUGGGAACCAAGGUCUAUCCUUGCACCGAGUGUGGGAAAACCUUCAGUCGGCAAUCCCAUCUGACUCGACAUCGGAUCACUCACACUGGUGAGAGACCCUAUCCUUGCACCGAGUGCGGGAAACGGUUUGGACGACAGUCGCACCUCACUCGGCAUCUAAGAAUCCACACCGGCGAAAGACCCUAUCAGUGUGGGGGAUUUACUCCCUAAAACUAUUUGGACGUAAAACUAAGAAAGCGAAGUAUUUGGCCUCUAGAUAAGAACAAAGAAGAAUAUAUUUUUGUGACUCUGUUCUCAAACGUGAAGGAAAACAUUUGAGAAAGAAUGAACAAGAACAAAUGAGAAAGACUUUUGAAACUGAAAUGAAAAAGGUUCUCUCAGAAGAGUUGGAGAUGAAAGACCACAUUUAGUGGCAGUUUUUGUUCUAAGAUUUUUUUUUUCUUCUCUCUUUGUAUUGGCUUUGUAAUAAGGGAGGUCUCCCCACCAACUUUUUUUUUUGUUCGUCUUUGAAAGUAUGGAAUCCCUGAAGAAUGAACAUCCUUUUGGAAAUAACGUCAGAAUAAAGAAUUUCAUAAAUAGAGCCUUGUGUGUGCAGUUUCUGAAGAGCUGACUAACUUCAGGCUAUGGCCCUUGCAGAAAGGAACGAGAUGAUGGUUCAUAAAAAUCAAGGUUACUUUUACUCCAAGCUGCACUUUUUUGCACUUAAUUCUACAUUUUCUGUUGGCGCUCGUUUGGUUUGUUGAAAGAGAAUUCACUUUCUUGCAGAGAAAUUCUCUUCUUGGAUUUAAGUGAAAUUGAAAUGUGUUCUUGCAGUCAUUGACUGUAUUUAACCUAUUAAGCAUUUAACCUGGUUACUGAAUUAACCCAUUUGGAGGGGGGGUAUUGCACAAUACAAUAAAUCCUAAUCCUACCAAAAACCAACUGAUCCGUAAUCUAUAAUUCCAAAUCCUUUUUUAAAAAAAAUAUUCCUGUUUGUUCCUGCUUAGAGGGUUAUUUAUGCAAGAGAUUCCUUGAACUAGUACCUUGCUGAAGUCCUGCACUGAAACACCCAUAAUUUGUAGAAAAAGGUCACCUUUUACACCUUUCCUAGGUGCAAAUUAUAACAUAACUUAAUAUUUCUGAAGGACACCAAGUUAAAAAAAAAACCUUAAUAUAUAUUACCUCAUACAAUUCAAAAACUAUGCCAUUAGAUGGAGCUCAAGAUUUUCAAAAGAAACUGCUUCAUCCUCACAACUUUAGGCAAUCAUACAGUAGUUUAAUAUAUUACUUUUUAAAUUAUUCCCUGCUCUUCCUUUCAACAGAGCAACUGUGACAACAGUAAGAUAAUAGGGAAGCUUCAGGUAAAAUGCUAGAAAAUAUAUCACGAAACAUUCCAUUAUAGCAUUAAAAUGAGGCUGGAUGCAAAGAGUUGUUAUGGUCCAUUGAGGCAACCUGUUCCUGGUGGCUAAAGGAUUAAAGCCCUGCAGUUUUUAUUUUCAGAAGUGAUUUAAUAAUAAUAAUAAUAAUAUUUUAAUUUGUAUACCGCCCUUCUCCCGAAGGACUCAGGGUGGUUUACAGCCACAAUAAAAUACAAAAACAACACAUACAAUACUAAAAACAAACAUUAAAAAACUUAUUCAAUUUGGCCCCAUUUUAAAAUACAAUAUCAAUCCUGUAAAAUUAAUAAAAAUUUAAAACCAUAAAACCAGUUAAAAAUUUAAAAAAAUUCAAGCCAGUCCAGCGAGACAGAAUAAAUAAGUUUUAAGUUAGCGGCGAAAGGUCCAGAGGUCGGGUAGUUUUCGAAGUCCAGGGGGAAGUUCGUUCCACAGGGUAGGAGCCCCCACAGAGAAGGCCCUUCCCCUGGGAGCCGCCAGUUGACAUUGCUUGGCUGACGGCACCCUAAGGAGUACCUCUCUGUGAGAACGCACCGGUCGCUGGGAGAUAGAAGAUGGCAGUAGACGGUCCCGUAAAUAUCCCGGUCCUAAGCCAUGGAGCCCUUUAAAGGUGGUCACUAAUACCUUGAAGCGCACCCGGAAGACAACAGGCAGCCAGUGCAGUCUGCGCAGGAUGGGUGUUACAUGGGAGCUCCAAACUGCUCCCUCAAUCACCCGCGCAGCCGCAUUCUGGACUAACUGGAGCCUCCGGGUGCUCUUCAAGGGGAGCCCCAUGUAGAGAGCAUUGCAGUAGUCCAAGCGAUUUGCUACUGACUUCUUCCUAAGGUUGAGAGUCUGAACCAAGGUCAUUGAUAAGAUUACCACUCAAGGUUUCCAGGCUCCUGAUCCAGCAAUUUCAUACACUACAUCAUACUUACUCAGACAGCGUACAGAAAUCCUUAAUCUAAAAAAUGCUAGUCUAAAAAAAUACUUUAAAAUAUAUUUGAAUUACAACAAAUGAAUGGGAUUUGUAGCUGAUUCUCUUCAAGUCUGCAUUUUGAUGGAAUUUUCUUCUGCAGUACUUUUUAUGUUACUUAAAACUUUAAUCCUUUUUUCCCCACAUUUACUCAGAUACUGCAAUUUAACAGUCAAAUAAUUAUUAAUUAUUAAGGAGGCACUUAAGCCACAUCAAAUCUGACUUUGGCAAGCAAAAGACAAAGCAAAAAUCUGUCUGGCAUGGAAUACUCUGUGCCUCUACAAUUAGCACAGAAUUCAGUUAAUUGGUGAUUUAUAUUUAGUAGCAAUCAUUACAGAAACAUUUAACAGCUAAACAUGAUGCAACUUGACACCUUCAGCAAGCUUCAGGGAAAUAUUUUUUAAAACUUUCCCAGGAAAGAUAACCAAAUAUAGAGGAAUGUGAUACAAACAUAUGUAGCUGAAGAGUAAAAAUGUUUUCAGCAAGAUAAAUGUUUUGUGCAGACAUCAACCUGUUGUUAAUGGCAAGCAUAUGUAGCAUGUAGCUACUUCAAUUAAUGAAUGCAAAAUUCUAAAACAAAAUGUUUAUGAUGAUUACUAACUUAUCUUGAACUGGAUGUUUUUCAAAGUAAUAGUUUUAUAGACCAAAUUCUUCGAUCAUGGUUUACAAGUAAUUGCAAGGGUUCAUGAAAACUGAUCUUGUCAAUAGAUCCUACUUUCUUCAGUCUCCACACUGAGCAGAUUUUGUUGACAGAUCAAUGUACAAUUUUUUGCCUAAGCAGCCAUGAAUGUUUUCUUUCCUAAAAUCCUUAGAAAUCUGCAAAAUGACUUGGCACAUCUAAUUUAUUGCCCAACAAGGCAAACACAUCUUGGGCAAUAGAUAAGCACUUAAUGGUUAUAAUGGAUCCUUUUCCUAAUCCCAAUUAUUUUUCCAAAUGCCAUCCUUGCUAGCAUUGUAUAAUACAAGGGUCACCAACCUUUUGGACCUCAGGGAUCACUAAAUUCAUAAUUUUAAAUCCCAAGGAGUACUAAUAUGAUCUGCCUAAUG